AUGCCGACUAGAAACAAAGCCAGAGAGAGUAAUCAAAGAGAUUCCAGGAUGUUUUCCAGUUUGGAUCUGGCCGAUGCCAUCUUUCCUUUAAAGGAGUCAAGCUGUGGUGGGGUUCCAGAUAAAUUGUGUAAUUCUGAUAAGGAUUUGAUAAGCAUGGAAGGAGUGAAUGAAAGAAAACUAGAUGAAGUUUUUGGAGUUGAAUACCGGGAAGAACCUGGCGAUAUUGAUUCCCUUAGUCCUGAGUAUGGUUUUCCUCUAGAUGAUUUGAUGGAAGGAUUAAUUUUCUGUGAAGAUCCGCAACAAGAUUAUCAGCUCCAAUCAUUUUCAGAUGAUGUGCUUCUUGAUGAUCUAAGGUUUGAUGCCCUUUCUCCCUCAAUUGAAGCAUGUCUGGAGGAGAUUGCAAAGCUUGGUGAGAUCCCUGCUGAAAUUCAAGAUACUAGUGAACACAACAAUGAAGAGAAUCAUCCACAUGCUACAACAUCAAUUGAGCUGCUUAAGAGUUUUGGUAGUGAGUUCAAACUGUUAAAGGAAGACAAAAUAAUUGAGCCAACAAGUGAAUCAAUAUGCGUGAAGGAGCCAACCACUGGACUGUCAACUGAAGAAAUCAUGAGGGUUGCUGGAAAAAGGUUCAUUCAAUCUUAUUCCCAGACAGUUGAUACUAUGCCCAUACUUGGGAAUCUUUUCGAUCUGUCUUUAUCUGAUCUUUCAAGUGGGGAAAUAGAAGAUAUAGAACUUGCUGAUAUGCUUCUAGCUUCUGCAGAGAAAGUGAGCAAUCAAGAAUACGAGCGUGCCAGAAAACUGCUCGGCCAAUGUGAUCGUUUGUCUUCCAGCACUGGAAAUCCCGUUCAAAGGAUAGUUUAUUAUUUUUCUGAAGCUCUUCGUGAGAAGAUUGAUCGAGAAUCAAAGGGGUCAGGUAAAAAGCUUUCGUAUGACGUUCCCGAGGUGAUGAUGACUCCUAACUCUGCAGCUCUAGCUUACUUCAAAGAUGUUCCCCUCGGUCAGGUUGGACAAGUUGCUGCAAUCCAAGCCAUUGUAGAAAACGUGGCUGGGGCAAAGAGGGUUCACGUAAUUGAUCUUGGCAUCAAAUGCGGAGUGCAAUGGACACUUUUGAUGCAAGCCCUUGCAUCUCGAAAUGAAUGCCCACUUGAAAGUCUCAGGAUAACCGCUGUCGGGACUUGUUCAAGUCAAAUGGAAGGUGCAGGUAAAUGGUUAAUGAGUUCUGCUGGAACCAUGAACUUACCAUUCUCUUAUAUGAUGGUUACAAUGUCAGAUACGUUAGAGAUCAAAGAAGAUCAGUUUGAGAUUGAUGCAGAAGAAACAGUUGCUGUCUUCUCUGAGUUUUCCAUAUGGACUAUGAUUUCACAGCCUGAUCGCUUGGAUUCUAUAAUGAAAGUGAUCAUAAAAUUCAAUCCAUGUGUAAUGGUGAUCAUUGAAGCUGACUCAAAUCUCAAUUCACCUGAUUAUGUGAGCCGUUUUACUGAGGCUCUUUUCUUUUUCAGUGCAUAUUUUGAUUGCCUUAAUGUCUGUAUGGAAAAAGAUGAUAAAAACAGGUUGUUCAUAGAAUCACUAAUGAGUCAAGGAAUUAAGAGUCUUGUGGUGGCUGAGGGAGAGGAACGGAAAGGUCGACAUGUAAAGAUUGAUGUUUGGAGGGCUUUCUUGUCCCGUUUUGGGAUGGAGGAGAAAGAACUUAGUAUGUCUUCCUUGUACCAAGCAUUUCUGGUGGUCAAGAAGUUUGCUUGUGGGGAUUCUUGUACACUUGAUAUGAAUGAAAAAACCCUAAUUAUUGGGUGGAAGGGAACACCACUUCAUUCGCUUUCGGUUUGGAAGUUCCUUUGA